UUCAAGAGGAGCUGGACACUAGCCCAUUGCCUCCUACAUCUGAAACAUUCAGCAACAUGCCAAAAGCUGAGUGCCAAAAGUGCAAAACAUUGUACCCCCUCCAGCUCCUGGCCGAACACCUCAAGUCUUGCAACAUCACAGUUGUGGAGGACUCUGUGGAAGAGUCUGACAAUAUAGACAGUGAUGUUAAUGAGCAAAAAAGGAGAGAAUCACCUGUUCAUCACGCCUGUCCAAUAUGCCUCAACAAUUUCCCUUCUGAGGCCAUUGAACUUCAUGCAAGUUCAUGCGGUGAAAGUGCAACAGAAAGUCAUUCAGAAGUUGCAGAUGAAACCUUGCCAGGCUGUAGUACAAAACUUUUGGAUGAGUGGCAAUCAAUCCAAAACCCCAACAAGGCCAUGUCUCAGUUUCGAGACAGACAACUUUGUUGUCAUGCUGCACAACCACCUUUGAAUCUGCACAUGGACAUGAGAAGCACCCCGGCAGACAGAGAUAUGGCUCUGAUCUCGUUCUACAAGAAGACUCGUGUGGAUUGGGCUCGACCUUUGAACUGCAAACUGGAAGGGGAUUGUGCUGUUGGGGAAGGUGUUACACGGUUCUUUUUCUCAACCUGCAUUGACAGACUGAAGUCUGGAUUUUCUGUAAACCUAGCAAAUACUGGUGUCACCAGACUUUUUGAGGGAGAAGCAGAUCAUUUGGUGCCGUCAUCCUCCCCCUUUCUGGUUGACAGUGAUCUGUUUGUUGUGGCUGGGAGAAUUUUGGGACACUCUUUUAUACAUGGAGGGCCAUGUCUGUCUGGUUUAAGCCCAGCUUUUGUGCAUGUCCUUCUGGGAGGAAAUCCUGACACAGCAACUGUACAGUUAAAUGACUGUCCAGACUCGGAUAUCCGUGAUGCAAUCAAACUUCUUGAGAAGUCUGAACUUUCAGAGCAAGAAAAGAACAGAGUGCAGAAUUUGGCAUAUGCCUGGGACCUCCCUGCUGUAACUGAAAGCAACAAAAGAUGGCUUUUUGAAAAGAUGCUCAUCCAUGCUGUAAUUGGAUGGAUCUCACGGCAGAUCAAACAAAUGAGACGUGGCCUCAAGGAAACCCCGAUGUGGCCAGUUUUGUCCCAGCGCCCAGACACGGUGCCUCUGCUUUUCCCAAGAGAGUCAUUCGUGUGUACCCCAGAGUUAAUUCUUCAGGCAGUUUGCUGGCCUGAACAAGAGGAAGAUGAUUCUGAUUCUGAAUACCCACUAGCUACCAAGUUCCACAUUUCUGGAUUCCUCAGACAAUUUAUUGAAACUGCAUCUCCUGAUGAAGUCAAAAGCCUGCUAAAGUUCUGGACAGGGUGGGAGGUUAUACCUAGAGCGCUCACCUUUGAAAUUGUUAAAGGUAGCCUUCCAACAGCAUCUACCUGCUUUGAGGUGAAGCAAGAGACUUCAGCCAAAGCGUUGGCAGACUGGCUGCAAACAACAUCCAGUUCUCCGAAGUAUCAAUAGUUGACCAUAGUAAUCUAGCAGUUGCAGUUGGAAAACUUCAUGAAUUCAAGGACAUGCUACAGAGGACUGCAGACUCCAUAAAAGCAAACAGUCAGAAUUUCAACUUGGCCUCACAUGGUUUGGAGUAUGCUUGACAUAUACAUUAAACAUUUUCAACAAGUGUAUAAACCAAGAACUGGAGAAGCUUCAGAGAAACCAGUUUUAACUGCACUGUUAGGAAAAAAAUUGGCAUAUAAUGUAAAUAAAUAAAAAGUUUUUUUUUUUUUUUUUUU